AAAUAUGGCCACACGGCUGAGCUCAUUUUUUGAAGGAACUGCUGUCAUUAUCGUAAAUGGGCGACUUCGAUCGCUGGCUUGAACCAUAGCUUGAUUAGAGUAUUAUCACAUCCUGGACUUUAAGAAGUCGUUGUUUGUGGUCGGGACUUGCAGAAUAACGCAUACGAAGCCUGAGUUUUGUUUCAGAGUCAACAUUUGGGUACACAGCUUUGAAUAUAUCAGGCCAUUGAGGAUAUUGACGCGUAGAGCAUUUGCUAGUUGAUGUUGUUUACCUCAAACCUGGCGUAUUUGGACAAACUGUUCAGUGUGUCAAUUUGAUUUUUAGAAGACGACUGGUUGUUUUCUGCAAAUUCAGUAUACGGGACUCGCUGGAAGCCUCGGAUGGGAUGCUUGUGAAAGCUUGUAGCAUUCAUCGAUGCUACAUUGUUACGUGAAAUUGUCGGGUUAUUGUUUCUAUGUGGCGCAGAACUGUCCGGAAAUUGUCUGGUUAUUAUUCUGUAUCUUAUGCAGGAAUUCUGUGCAAAUCAUUAGUCUGACUCACUGUUGAGAAAAUGAACACAGAGAAGGACUUUUCGCCUUUGACCCCAAACAUAGUGCGAGCAUUGAAUGAUAAAUUGUACGAGAAGAGGAAAGUUGCUGCUCUAGAAAUUGAGAAACUUGUGCGCGAAUUUGUGGCACAGAAUAACUCCACACAAAUCAGACAUGUUAUCCAGAUUCUGGCUUCAGAGUUCGCGCUUUCUCAACAUCCGCACAGCCGCAAGGGUGGACUUAUUGGCUUGGCUGCUUGCUCAAUAGCGCUCGGCAAGGACUCUGGGCUGUACCUGAAGGAGCUGAUCGAGCCUGUUCUCACCUGUUUCAACGACUCAGACAGUCGGUUGCGGUACUAUGCCUGUGAGGCCCUUUAUAAUAUCGUGAAGGUGGCCAGAGGGGCAGUGCUGCCUCAUUUUAAUGUACUCUUCGAUGGACUAAGCAAGCUUGCAGCAGAUCCUGAUCCUAAUGUGAAAAGUGGCUCUGAGCUUCUCGAUCGACUAUUAAAGGAUAUUGUCACAGAGAGUAACAAGUUCGACCUGGUGGCAUUCGUGCCUUUGCUGCGUGAGCGGAUCUAUUCUAACAACCAGUUUGCUCGUCAAUUUAUCAUUUCUUGGAUCCUAGUGUUGGAGUCUGUCCCAGACAUCAACCUGAUAGACUACCUACCGGAGAUCCUGGAUGGACUCUUCCAGAUUUUGGGCGACAGCAGCAAGGAGAUUAGGCGGACAUGUGAAGUGGUUUUGGGUGAAUUCCUCAAAGAGAUCAAGAAAAACCCGUCCAGUGUGAAGUUUGCUGAGAUGGCUAACAUCCUGGUCAUCCACUGUCAGGUGUCUGAUGAGUCCAAACUCACAAACGACUUAAUUCAGCUGACGGCCAUGACAUGGAUGAGGGAGUUCAUUCAGCUGGCGGGUCGUGUGAUGCUGCCGUACUCCUCUGGAAUCCUGACCGCAGUGCUUCCUGGUCUCUCCUAUGACGACCGCAAGAAGAGCACCAAAGAAGCUGCCAGUGCAUGUAACCACAGCCUCAUGAAGCUCGUCACUCCUGAGGAUGAUGAAGAUGAAGAGGAGACGAAGACACAGUUGACCCCUCCCCAGGAUAGCAGCCCUCCAAAGUCUCAAGACGAUGAGAAUGACUCUCUCAAUGCCUCGCAGGAGUCCAUUGGUCUCAGCAAGAUUAGCUUCUUCGCCCCGGCAGCGUUAGACCGGGCCCAGGUGACACUAGACCUGGAUGGGAUAGUCCAGGUGCUGGACCGCCAUCUGCAUGACUCCUCCACCGGCAUGAUGACCCGUAUAGCCGUCCUCAAGUGGCUAUACCACCUCUACAUCAAGACCCCACGCAAGAUGUUCAGACACACAGACAGCCUUUUCCCAAUGCUAUUGAAGACCCUUUCAGAUGAAUCCGAUGAGGUGAUUCUUAAAGACUUGGAAGUGCUCGCAGAGAUUGCGUCCUCUCCAGCCGGAGAGUCGUACAACUCGGGACUGUGUGACAGUUCUGAAAGCAAAACAGAGCUGCAGGUUCCUGACAGCAGCAGUAUUGGUCAGCAGCUAGUUGUUGGAUCCAAGAUGGCCGACUCCUCGCCGUCCACCCCCAGCAUGAACUCCUACUUCUACAAGUUCAUGAUCAACCUGCUGAAGCGCUUCAGCCUGGAGAGGAAGCUACUAGAGACCAGAGGGGCCUUCAUCAUCAGACAACUCUGCCUUCUCCUGCAUGCCGAGAACAUCUUCCACUCCAUGGCGGACAUCUUGCUAAAGGAGGAGGAUCUGAAGUUUGCCUCCACCAUGGUGCAGACCCUCAACACCAUCCUGCUCACCUCAGCCGAGCUUUUCCAGCUACGCAAUCAGCUGAAGGAUCUGCACACACAGGAGAGUUGCGCUCUCUUUUGCUGCCUGUACCGAUCCUGGUGUCACAACCCGGUGGCCACGGUGUCUCUCUGCUUCCUCACCCAGAACUAUCGGCAUGCCUACGAGCUCAUCCAAAAAUUUGGGGACCUGGAGGUGACUGUAGAUUUUCUAAUGGAAGUAGACAAACUGGUUCAACUCAUAGAGAGUCCCAUCUUUACCUAUUUGCGUUUGCAACUUCUGGAUGUAGAGAACAACCCGUAUCUGAUCAAAGCUCUGUACGGUCUCCUGAUGCUCCUGCCCCAGAGCCAGGCCUUCCAGCUGCUAUCCCACCGCCUGCGCUGCGUGCCUAAUCCCGAACUCAUGAGGACCGUGGAGGACUCGAAGCCUUGCAACACCAAGCGGUCCAAUCAGGCUCAUGUGGACUACAUGGAGCUGCUGCAGCAUUUCGACCGCGUGCAGAGCAAACACCUAGAGGUGAGGCACCAGCGCACCGGCCGAGCGGAACACACAGACAGGAAGCUGGCACUCUGAGAGGGGUUUCUGACAGGAAGUCAGAACAUUCAGCAGGAGAGUCACAAGGUGCAAAUCAUUUGUCCCGCUGCAAACGCUGUGUAGCGCCUACCCAUCUUACUAGGGCAAUACUUGGGAUAUUUAAUACCAAAUCCUUUCAGCGAAUCACAAGCUCACAUCCUCAACUCUGUCCACUUGGAUAAAAUUGACUUGGGUAAAAUUAAUUUUAUAUUGGUCAUUGAACAUUCCGACUACAAACUUGAUGGAUCAGAAAUAAUGAUUAAUUAAGCCUUGUGACACAUGAGGACAUUCGUCUACGAUUCAAACUUGGUUUGACAACAGGGAUUAUUUGUGGGAUUUUUGCGUUUUUUUGAAUGUUCAAUAUAAAAUUGACUUUCGCCAAGUCACUACAGGGCAUGAGGCCAGAGGGCCGGUGAAUGGAUACAAGUAUGGGGAAAUUUGAUUUGCACCCACAGCCUUCAGCACCCAGCUGUGUGCACCCCCUCACAUAUGGUUGGGAACCUGAUGAUGGAAGACUAUUGAACAUGGAAAUGUAUUGUACCUCUAGCAGGGACUUUUUAUCACAUGGAUGUACUGUUUUUUUGUUUUUUCAAAAGUGCUUUAUGUGAAGGUGAUGCAGUUUUUAUUUUUGUUGGUAAAAAUGUAUAUUAUCACAGUUGCACACGUGCAGUUGCAUACACCCGUUUCUAUUUUAUCAUUUUUGUCGCAGAUUUUCAGAAGUGAUGGAAAUGCCGUCGAAUCUGUAUACUUGCUACAAUUAGGUCCUUCACAAGAAAGGUAGUGUACAAGCAGUGUGGCCUUGUUUACCCUGGUAAACAUGUUCAGAAGAUGUAUAGUUCUGUUGGCAUUGCGUAUCCCUGUAUCUCCUUGUACAAAUGUACCAGCACUGUUUUUGAUCUCUGAUGCCAAGCAUCAACCUAUUUGAUUUUCUCUUUUCUUUUCUGCAUUUUGAAUGCUUUGCUUCAUGUCAAAUUCUCUAGGUCAAAAUGCAUUUCUAAUCAUGCCUGUUUCAUUCCGUAGCGUCUCCUCUAUUUCUUUCUACAGUCUAUGCUCUCUUACCUAGUGUUGUAAUCAACCUGGCUGUAAACAACAAAUGUAAGUGUUAAAUUAUCUUUUUAAAAAGGACCACAGUGAUAUUAUUAUUAAUUGCCAAAUAAACUGGAAUUUAAGAAAACACGUCA